CAGAGAAGUAGAGUACAGAGAACUUCACUACAACAACAAAAAAAGCUAAACUCAGCCUUUAUAUUCCGCGGCUUCUGGGUGCAAGCAUGAUCAAGAAAAUGUCGCCAUCCGAGAACGAGUUUGACAUUCCGGCAAAGAACUGUCACAGAAUGGUUAUCCUGGGCUCCACAAAAGUUGGCAAGACAGCUAUCAUCUCCCGGUUUCUCAACGAGAAAUUCGAUGACCAAUACACACCAACUAUUGAGGACUUUCAUAGAAAAUUCUACAGCAUCAGGGGAGAUGUGUUUCAACUAGACAUUUUGGAUACAUCUGGACACCACCCAUUCCCCGCAAUGAGGAGACUUUCAAUUCUGACUGGGGACGUGUUUAUUCUGGUGUUCAGUCUGGACAACAGAGAUUCAUUCCAGGAGGUGCAGCGCCUGAAGCGACAAAUAUACGAGACCAAGUCCUGCCUCAAAAACAAGACCAAGGAAAAUGUGGACGUCCCGCUGGUCAUCUGCGGCAAUAAGUGUGACCGGGACUUCUACCGAGAGGUUCAGGCAGAGGAGAUUGACCAGUUGGUGGCCGGCGAUAAGCAGUGCGCCUACUUCGAGAUAUCCGCUAAACGGAACUCUAACGUCGACCAAAUGUUUCAAACUCUCUUCACCAUGGCCAAACUGCCGAACGAGAUGAGCCCGGACCGUCACCGCAAAGUGUCGUUGCAGUAUAGUGAAGUGCUACACAGAAAGUCGUUCAGAAGCAAGAAGUUCAAAGAUGGGGAUGCUUACGGGAUUGUGGCACCUUUUGCACGGCGACCAAGCGUGCACAGUGACUUGAUGUACAUAAAAGAGAAAGCUAUUGGUGGAAGUCAAGCCAAAGAGAAAGACAGGUGUACUAUCUGUUGAGGACUGCGCAAAUAAAUAAGCACUUGAGAAUGAGACGCAACACGCGCCGAUAAGUGAUUUCCGAAAAGCCUUUAGUGUUCAAAGUACGGGAAUUAUCUUCCUCAAACUUUGUACGUGCUCAAACUCUGAAGGCGCAGUCUGAACAGGGACAGACAGUCAUGCGCUUGUCCCGAUGAAGCUAUAGCGCGCUAUACACUUCAGCAACAUAGGCCUGAAUCAUCUGCCUACUGAAUGAAGUGACACUUUGUGGACAAUUGUUUACAUUUUUACAAUUUUCUAAACUGGACUGAACUUGAAUGUGUGUUAGCUAAUGAACAAAUUAGAUUCUGAAUGUAUAUUUAUUCUGAUGCGUUUACUUUUUCAAAAAAGAAUUGAUGGAAAAAAUAAAA